CUGCCCUCUCCCCAGUGCUUGGCUGUUGGAGAGCGCGAGCCUGAGCCGCAAGCCAGGAGCUGGGAGCGCAAGCUGGUGCGCGGGCUAGCGGAGCCACAGCGCCAGGUGCCAUAGGCUGGCUGACGCCCUGGGACCACCCCCCUACCCUCUCCCGCAGCACCUCCUCAGGCUCCUCCACCCUCUGUGCCUACAGAAGUCCCCCGGGCUUCCCCAAAAGGAGCUCACCACGAGAAGCCCGGACUUGGGAUUGCCCAUCAGCAUCCGCUCCAGCGCCGCCGCCGCCGCCGCAGCAGGAGCAGCAUCCGGAGCGGCAUGGUCCAGCUGGGGAAGCUGCUCCGCGUCCUGACUUUGAUGAAGUUCCCCUGCUGCGUGCUGGAGGUGCUCCUGUGCGUGCUGGCGGCGACGGCGCGCGGCCAGGAGAUGUAUGCCCCGCACUCGAUCCGGAUAGAGGGGGACGUCACCCUUGGGGGGCUGUUCCCAGUGCACGCCAAGGGUCCCAGCGGAGUGCCCUGCGGCGACAUCAAGAGGGAGAAUGGGAUCCACAGGCUGGAAGCUAUGCUUUACGCCCUGGACCAGAUCAACAGCGAUCCCAACCUGCUGCCCAACGUAACGUUAGGCGCGAGGAUCCUGGACACUUGUUCCAGGGACACUUAUGCGCUUGAACAGUCUCUCACUUUCGUCCAGGCGCUCAUCCAGAAGGACACCUCCGACGUGCGUUGCACAAACGGCGAGCCCCCGGUUUUCGUCAAGCCGGAGAAAGUAGUUGGAGUGAUUGGGGCUUCGGGGAGCUCUGUCUCCAUCAUGGUAGCCAACAUCUUGAGGCUUUUCCAGAUCCCUCAGAUUAGUUACGCAUCCACAGCUCCUGAGCUCAGUGAUGACCGGCGCUAUGACUUCUUCUCUCGUGUGGUCCCACCUGAUUCCUUCCAAGCCCAGGCUAUGGUAGACAUUGUAAAGGCCUUGGGUUGGAAUUAUGUGUCUACUCUCGCAUCCGAAGGAAGCUAUGGAGAGAAAGGUGUGGAGUCCUUCACACAGAUUUCCAAAGAGGCAGGUGGGCUCUGCAUUGCCCAGUCCGUGAGAAUCCCCCAAGAGCGCAAAGACAGGACCAUUGACUUUGAUAGAAUUAUCAAACAGCUCUUGGACACCCCCAACUCCAGGGCCGUCGUGAUUUUUGCCAACGAUGAGGAUAUAAAGCAGAUCCUUGCAGCAGCCAAAAGAGCUGACCAAGUAGGCCAUUUUCUCUGGGUCGGGUCAGACAGCUGGGGAUCCAAAAUCAACCCACUGCAUCAGCAUGAAGAUAUUGCAGAAGGAGCCAUCACCAUCCAGCCUAAGAGGGCAACCGUGGAAGGACAGGAGCGAAUUGGGAAAGACUCCAAUUAUGAGCAGGAGGGUAAAGUACAAUUUGUGAUCGAUGCUGUCUAUGCCAUGGCACAUGCCCUUCAUCAUAUGAAUAAGGAUCUAUGUGCUGACUACCGGGGAGUGUGUCCAGAGAUGGAGCAAGCAGGGGGCAAGAAGUUGUUAAAGUAUAUCCGCAACGUUAACUUCAAUGGUAGUGCUGGCACCCCAGUGAUGUUUAACAAAAACGGGGAUGCUCCUGGGAGGUAUGACAUCUUCCAGUACCAGACAACAAACACCACCAACCCCGGUUACCGUCUCAUCGGACAGUGGACAGAUGAACUUCAGCUCAAUAUAGAGGACAUGCAGUGGGGCAAAGGUGUCCGGGAGAUCCCGUCCUCUGUGUGCACAUUGCCCUGCAAGCCUGGACAGAGGAAGAAAACCCAGAAGGGGACACCUUGUUGCUGGACCUGUGAGCCCUGUGAUGGAUACCAGUAUCAGUUUGAUGAGAUGACAUGUCAGCAUUGUCCCUACGACCAGAGGCCCAAUGAGAACCGAACUGGCUGCCAGAACAUCCCCAUCAUCAAACUGGAGUGGCACUCCCCCUGGGCUGUCAUUCCUGUCUUCCUGGCAAUGUUGGGGAUCAUUGCCACCAUCUUCGUCAUGGCCACUUUCAUCCGCUACAAUGACACACCCAUCGUCAGGGCAUCUGGGCGGGAACUCAGCUAUGUUUUAUUGACAGGCAUAUUUCUCUGCUACAUCAUCACCUUCCUAAUGAUUGCCAAGCCAGACGUGGCAGUGUGUUCAUUCCGACGUGUCUUCUUGGGCUUGGGAAUGUGCAUUAGUUAUGCAGCCCUUCUAACAAAAACUAAUCGGAUUUAUCGCAUAUUCGAGCAGGGCAAGAAAUCGGUGACAGCUCCCAGACUCAUAAGCCCGACGUCACAACUAGCAAUCACUUCCAGUUUAAUAUCGGUGCAGCUUCUAGGUGUCUUCAUUUGGUUUGGGGUUGACCCACCCAACAUCAUCAUAGACUAUGAUGAGCAUAAGACAAUGAACCCAGAACAAGCCAGGGGAGUUCUCAAAUGUGACAUCACAGACCUUCAAAUCAUUUGCUCUUUGGGAUAUAGCAUUCUUCUCAUGGUCACAUGCACUGUGUAUGCCAUCAAGACUCGGGGUGUGCCCGAGAAUUUUAAUGAAGCCAAGCCCAUUGGAUUCACUAUGUACACAACGUGUAUCGUAUGGCUUGCCUUCAUCCCGAUAUUUUUUGGUACUGCGCAGUCAGCAGAAAAGCUCUACAUACAAACCACCACGCUUACAAUCUCCAUGAACCUAAGUGCGUCAGUGGCGCUGGGAAUGCUAUACAUGCCGAAAGUGUACAUCAUCAUUUUCCACCCUGAACUCAAUGUCCAGAAACGGAAGCGAAGCUUCAAGGCCGUAGUCACAGCAGCUACCAUGUCAUCAAGGCUGUCACACAAACCCAGUGACAGGCCCAACGGUGAGGCAAAGACAGAACUCUGUGAAAAUGUAGACCCAAACAACUGUAUACCACCAGUAAGAAAGAGUGUACAAAAGUCCGUAACUUGGUACACUCUCCCACCAGCAGUAUAGCUUUUGACUGCUUUCUGAAAGGCCCUGCUGCAAAAAAGAAGUAUGUCAGUUAUAAUAACCUGGUUAUCUAACCUGUUCCAUCCC